CGAAGGGCGCGACGGAGAGGCAGGAGGCGGCGAGAGACGGAGGGUUCGAGGCUUAGGAAGGGAGUCCCGGGAGGGGGUAAGGAGGUUGGACCAGGUGGGAUUCUUCCUCUCCGGGUUUCUCCGGAUCGAAGAAAUGGCUCCUCCGAUUCUUCUACUGGGUUGCGGGGUGAAUGAUUGAACUGGUUGCAGGAGAGAAACGGUGAUGAUAAAAGGGCUGCAAUUUGGCGUCAGUUUAUGCUAACUGUGCCAUAAAACUGAAGGUGCUGAAAAGGAAAAACCUGACAUCAUCUGCCUACAAAGUCUGUGCAGAACCGAAACCACCAUGUCAAAGCUUGCCCAAGCUGGCAAAGCGGCAGUGAAGAUGACAGGUGGAGGAGUGAUCCGGUCAAUCAUCAAAGCUGGACAGGCUGUUCCAGGUCCACCUCUAGGACCUGUUCUUGGACAGUACGGCAUUCCCAUCGGACAAUUCUGCAAGGAUUUCAACGAGCGGACCAAGGACUUUAUACCAGGCAUCCCGCUGCCCACCAAAAUCGUCAUAAAGUCUGACAGGUCUUAUGAACUUCAGAUAAACAAACCAACAGCCACCUACUUUUUACUUUCGGCAGCUGGGAUAGAAAAGGGAGCUUCAUCACCUGGACACGAGAUAGCCGGGAUGGUGACCCUGAAGCAGCUGUACGAGAUAGCGCUGGUGAAAUCCCAGGACCACUCAAUUGUGAUCCGCGACUGGCCGCUGGAGACGAUGAUCAGGUGCCUGAUAGGAACCGCCCGAUCGAUCGGCAUCGAAGUAGUGAAAGAGUUAAACCCCGAAGAAUAUGGAGUCUUUCUGAAGGAGCGCGAAGAGAGGUUGGCAGCCGAGGAGGAAGCCCGAGCAGCUGAACGGUUAGCGAAGAAAAAAGAGAUUGUUGCAGCUGCUACAACAGCCUGAGAGGUAGAACCCUUGGGAAAGUGAUACUCUAAGCAUCCUCUCAUGGGAGCUGAAUUUUGCACAAAAUCCUGCAGGCUGAAGAAGGAAGAACUCCCCCGUGGCAAGGGACAGGGAGCUGCGAAACCUGGGUUGCUUGUGUGAUUAUCGUCAAGACACUUUUAAAUGAAUCACGGCAAACCAAAAUCUUUUCCCACGUCCAGCUUACAACGAUACGUCUUGGUUGGUCAUUCAGAUUCCUGGCUUCUGCCUUUCUUUUCUUUUUCUUUUUUCCUAUUUUUAUUUUAUUCAGAAAUAAAACGUUAAAAUACAAAAACUCUCACUGGGGAGAGUAAGAAUUUUCCCAUGCCGCUAGCCGCUUCUGUAUGAAAGAAUUGAGGUCGUGGAUGAUAAUUUCCCCAUUUGUUUGCGUUCAGUCCUGUUGCCCUUCCUUCCCUCCCCAGCAAAUAUUUUUCUCGCCCUGAAAAAUAUUUUCGGCACACCUCAAAAAAAAACCCAAAACCUCGCAAAUCUCUUUUCUACAGGUUUAAGACCACGUUUUACACUAAGAUGUAUCAUUCAGUGUCCACCAGAGGUCCCACUAAGGAUGCUGACCUGAUGACAAUUUACUGCAGUCAUUCAGUUUUUAAAAAAAAUAUAAAAUAUCACACUGAUUGUAAUAUAUGAAUCUUCUCGGGAGAAAUGGGCAUAAUUUGGUGUAGUUUGGGAACGAGGAAGAGAAUUAUUGUCGGUGGUUUAUCAGUGAGGUAUAAAUGUGUCACGCUACAGUGUUUCCCCGAAAAUAUGACCUACCUUGAUUUUUACACGUCAUUACUUCCUUACCCUUCUACCAUCAUGUUGUGACCUAGGCCCAAGUAGUUAUUACCAGAUGCAAUCAGUCCUAAACAAACAUAUUUUAUUAGAACAGCUGAGAAUUACUUCAUUCUCAGCUUAGUCCGAACUAAUUCCAAAAUAAAUCUUUCAGAAAAAGUCCUUCGGCCUUAUCACAAACCUUUGUCUUCUUUAGCACCCUGCCAAAGGGUUUUCUUGGCAAAGCCCCACGAAGUUCAGAAACUAGAUGCCGACGAGAAACAAUUGUAGCAACGUUGCUUUCCUUCAAAGAGCCCAAGAGCUGUUGCUGCUCUGUUAAGCCUUAUGGGAGUGGCCAAUCAUCUCCUGGCCUUACUCCUGAGUCGUCCUUUUUGCUUUAGCUGCUCUUGCCUUCUGGCAAUUCUUCGCAUGCGUGCACUAGGAACAGGCUAUAGCAGGGGUUGCCAACCUUUCGGACUUCAAGGACCACUAAAUUCAUAAUUUUAAAUCCCGAGGACCAUAUGAUUUUUUAAAAAAUGAUAAAUAGUAUUUAGUGCAAUAUAAAAAUGCAAAUAAUUUUUCUGCGGACCACCAAAAUUUUCUCACGGACCACCAGUGGUGACCACUGCUCUAUAGCGUCAUUUUGAGGAUAGGAGUUGAAACAGUUUAUGUCCAGGAUGUGAAGGGUCUGUAAAUAUUUUCCCAGCCCUCUUUUUGACUUCUGCAGUAUACAGGUCCUCCAUGGAAGGCAGGUUGGUAGCCAUUGUUUUUUUUCUGCAGUUCUAAUGAUCCUCUGAAGUCUGUGUCUGUCUUGUUGGGUUGCAGAACCAAACCAGACAGUUAUGGAGGUGCAGAUGACAGACUCAAUAAUUCCUCUGUAGAACUGGAUCAGCAGCUCCUUGGGCACUUUGAGCUUUCUUAGUUUAGGAAGUUUACUAAUAUUCUCCACCAAUUCCCUUCACCAAAAUUCAGAACGGUCCCAAUUAAAUCCAGCCACUAGCAAGCCAAGGCUAAGAACCAAAGGUACAAGUAGAAGAUUAGGAGAGAAACCUGAUUUUGAAAACAGUAACUGUCCGAGGGACCUUGGAGUCCUAGUGGACGAUUACUCAAAACAGGGAUCUCCAAACUUGGCCACUUUUAAGACUUGUGGACUUCAACUCCCAGAAUUCCUCAGCCAGUACGGGAGCUGAAGUCCACAAGUCUUAAAAGUCGCCAAGUUUGGGGACCCCAGACUUAAAACAUGAGCCAGCAGUAAAAAAAAAAAAAAACACCACCCACCCACCUAACUGAAUUGCUGCAGUUAAGUUGGUGACACGGUUGUUAAGCGAACCCAUUGACUUUUGCCUGCCGCAAGGUCGCAAAAAAAUCACGUGACUUGGGACAUGUCCCAAAUACAUAUCGAGCACCUGAAUUUUGAUUGUGUGACCUGGGGAAUACCGCAACAGAUGUAAGCAUGAUUACCCAUUGCAAGUUACUUUUUCUAGUGCGGUUAUCGCUUCGAGCAGUCGCUAAACGAAUGUUCGUAAGUCGAGGACUAUGUGUAUAUUGGCUGACUCCCCCCACUCUUCCCCCCCAAGCAGAUUUAACCCUAGCCCUGGAUUUAAACACAAGGAUUGUGCUCACACAAUUAGGUGUGUCCAAACUAACUUACAACCUCGGCGUACGACCAGAUAUUGAAUUCCACUGGUCUCUUUUUUUUUUAACAGUUUGUUUAUAUAUUUUCACAUAAGUGCUUAGUGAACAGCGUAUUAACAGAUGAACAGAGUUGGAAGGGACCUUAAAGGUCACUUAGUCCAACCCCCUGCCCAAGGAGGAGGUCCUACACCAUUUUUGACAAAUGGCAGUCCAAUCUUUUCUUGAAAGUCUCAAGUGAGGAAGCUCCCACAAUAUCCGAAGGCAACUUCUGUUCCAUGGGUUGAUUGUUCUCACGGUCAGGAAAUUUCUCCUUAUUUCCAGGUUGAAUCUCUCCUUGAUCAGUUUCCAUCCAUUGUUCCUUGUCUGGCCUUCAAAGGUGCUUUGGAGAAUAGCUUGACCCCCUUUCUCCUCUCUGGGGCAGCCCCUCAAAUAUUGGAAGAUGCUCUCCUGUCUCCCCUGGUCCUUCUCUUCACUAGACUAGCCAGGCCCAGUUCCUGCAAUCGUUCAUCCGUAUGUUUUAGUCUCCGGUCCCCUAAUCAUCCUGGUUUGCUCUCCUUGUGAAUUGUCUGGUUCAAUUUAUUUGUAUAUACUAAUACUUUUCCCAUUCCUAAUUUCAACCUCUACUAUCCAACCAUUUAUAAAACAAUCUAAUUUUUUUUUUAAUUACAUCGUCCUCUGUAGAUGUUUCCUCAUUUUUCCAGUACUGUGCAAAUACAAUUCUGGCUGCUGUCAAAACAUUUAAUAUUAAGUAUAGGUUUCCUUUAUCAUACUUUUCAGGCAUUAUGCCUAGCAAAAAUAUUUCUGGCUUAUAAUCUAUGUGUUGUUUUAACAUUUUUUCCAACCAUGUAUGUAUUUCUUUCCAAUAUUUCUUUGUUUUUACACAUGGCGUAAGCGCACCAGCAUGCCUACCAUCCCUGUCUUAAUGUUUUAUUCGUAUCCUUUACAUGUAUUUAUAAUUAUGUUUACACUUGUAUCUGUCAUAAAAUACAUGCUUGAUAAAAUAAAUAAAUAAAAUACGA